CCACACAUAUAGUUUUUACACUCCCAGUUUCUUCUUUGUCCAUACACUCAAGAUGGACUCUGCUUUGCAGAUCUAGAACAACCAAUGAAAAACAUGAAGCUUGUUUUCACCUGAACAUUUCACAGCUGUCAUUUGGUUUCUUUGACUUUGUUGUGGAAAUGAUUUGACUCGAUUCACUUUUGCUAUACAAAAUGGUUGACCCUAUCUCAGCAAGGUCAAUCCGUGGUUCAACAUUGAGAAACAAGUUUGAAUUGGAGAGACGUCGUCUUUCUUAUACAGAUCAUCAUUACGAAGAUGUGAAGAAUCGUCUAAAUAUGGCAGCAUCGCCUUCAAACCGUAGCCAAAAACAACUCAUUGGAAACCAAGAACUUGAGAGGGAUGAAAUAGUUAGACACAUGUCUAAUUUGCCAAGUUUUCUUGAUCCGGAAAAAGCCACCCCCGACAGGGCUUUAAGUUUCGGAGUUAUGGAUUGGGGAAGAUUAGAAAAAUGGCAGUAUCAACAUCAUAAGUGUUCACCCUCUAGCAGCAGUUCUUCCCCAUUUUUCUCAACUGAUGGGUCAACUCCCCAGUCAACCAGCGGUCAAAGCUGUUUUAGUGCGCGUCAAAAACCUCACCGCGUAACUCUACAAUGUCAUUUUAACAGGUCUUCAUGUUUGGGGAAUGUUGACAAGUUUCAUAAUUUUAAGGAUGCUACGUUUUAUAAGAGAACUGAGCCCAAAUAUUGCAAAUUGCAUGUUUCUGAUGCACCCAAGGUUAAAGAAUUGGAAUCAUCCAAUGAUAUAGGAAACCGUCAGGCAAAAUCAUCUUUGAAGGGAAAGAUGAAAAUCCAAGAUGGGGCAGUAAAUGCGCCCAUUGAAACGGUAAAAGUUUUGCCUACACAAUUUCAUGGAUAUGGUGAAAGUACAAGAAAUCCAAGUAGUGCAUCUGGGAACACCAACUUACAAGAAAAACGAUCAUCUUUUUGUUCCGUAAAGUCAGAUUCUAAUACGGGUACUUUUGCUGCUGAUAAACCAAGAAAUAUGUCUCCAAACCGUCGUUUCAGCUUUGGCAUGAUCUCUAAAUCUCCAGCUUCUAUGUCUACCACGAGAAGUGUUGAGUCUCCAGUCUCUCAAAAAUCAAGUGUGGAUACGCAUGUAUUAAACCGCGCUCAAUCAAGUCCCUUAAGAAGGUUAUUGGAACCACUCUACUCAUUCAAGGCAACUAGUUACCGCAAAUCUGCUGAAAAAUCUCGUGAGGAUUCAAAAUUAAAAGCAAAAGGAAACAUGCAUUUGAGAAAUAGCAGGGAAGUUAGCAAUGCUGAUAGUUUGCAUAAAUAUGAUACAUCACGAGCUCUUUUUCAAACAGCUGUCAAGAAUGGCCGCCCUCUGUUCACAUUUGCAGUUGAGAACAACAAUAAUGUUCUUGCAGCCACAGUAAGAGAUUCAAGGUCUUCUGCAAAAGAGAACAGCAACUGUUGGAUCUAUACAUUUUUCACCGUUGAUGAAAUCAAGAAAAAGACUGGGGGUUGGUUAUCUCAUAGCAGAAGAGAUAAAGGUCACAGUUAUAUCCCAAACAUGACAGCUCAAAUGACGGUAUCAAAUCGUUCAAUUUCUAAGUGUGACACCAGAGAAUUCUCUUUAUAUCGUGUGGACCCAACACGGGUUGAUGAGUUAGCAGGCAUUGUUGUGAAGUUUUCAAGAAAUGUGGAGCACGAAGAAGAAAAUCAAGAAAGGUUUAAUACCACAGUUAUUCUACCUGGCGGGAAUCAUGGUGUAUCAAGUAAUGGAAAACCUUCACCAUUGAUUGAGCGGUGGCGGUCUAAUGGUGUAUGUGACUGCGGAGGUUGGGAUUUGGGCUGCAGAUUGAGAACUCUCACAAACCAGGUGCAAUGUAGUAGGACAAACUCACCCACUGGCCAGUUUGAGCUUUUCUUUCAGGGAGACUCUGCAAACAAAAGGCGUUUCUUCAGCCUCUGUCCGUUAAAAGAAAAGAUAUUUUCUAUCGAAUAUAAUUCGUCUCUUUCGCCUUUACAAGCGUUCUCAAUUUGUAUAUCAGUUUUGGAGUGCAGAAAAUCAUCUGAGCAUACAUCUUCCAGGACCUACGAAGACAAACAAGUACUGGGUGAUCCCACUCCAGUUCGUUUUGCUUCAUUUCCACCUCUUUCGCCUGUUGGAAGGGUCUAGGACGGAAUUAUUGUGUCAUAAUCUAACUAAAUAGUAGGCAGUAGUACCAUAGGUAUAUGGGUAAAUUGCAUUUUACCUGUGUAUAAGUAAUGUAAUACCAUAUGAUAUGAUUUUUUUUCCCUUUCUUUGCUCUGUGUUCUGGGAAGUGGUAUUUAUCUUCUCCAUGACCAGAACAUCUUUAAUAUGAAAAUCGCAUAUUUAGUUAA